GUCCAUCCCUCCCUCACUCCGCCCGUCACCACCUCCCUGACGCCAUGUACACCGCGCUCCCCAAAAGGCCGGGACUCCUCGCAGGACGAGCAGGGUGCCUGCGCCCUCCUCUCCACCCAGCUGAACGCGCUGCUGGGCGAGCGCCCCGUGACGUACCGCGAGGCGCAGGGCAACGAGUCCGACGGCUUCAUGGAGUAUUUCCCCCACGGCAUCACCUACCAGGUACGGGUGCUGGGCCCCAAGCCCACCUUGCCCGAGGGCAGCCCCGAGGAGGACACCGUGGCCGAUCAGAGGAACGCAGGGGCAGCCAUCCUCUACAAGGUGUCGGACGCAACGGGGAAAAUGAACCUGAGCCAGGUGGCCACAAGCAGCCCCUUCAGCCAGAGCCUGCUCUGCUCCGACGACUGCUUCGUGCUGGACAAUGGCGCCGGUGGGAAGGUCUACGUCUGGAAAGGGCGCAAGCCCGGCGGCCAGCAUCGCAACCAGAAAUGCCGGAGCCCGGCAGGCGACCCCUCGGGAUCCCCGCUGCGGACCGGGGCUCAUCACCCCCGCGCUCAAGCCCGCUGA